AUGGAUACUGAGAAAGGCAAAGCAGCGAUAUCAGAUAACACCGAGGAUGAUUGUGUUCAAAGAUCUUCAAACAUCCAACAUGUUGAAAAGUUUCACUUUGGGAAAGCAUUAGCAUUCAGAGCAGUGUAUGGUUCUGGUAAUUUUCAGUUCACUGGAAGCAGAAAAGCUAGAGGCAACGAUUCCAAGACAUCAUCCCCAAGCAGGCUCAGUAAGGUUACAUACACAGUAGUUUUUGACAAUGACAAAGAUAAUUAG